AUGCUUCGGAUUGCCUGGAACGAGGUGCAGCCGCCUGAAUAUUUGGGUCUUGAUGGAUCCGGCGCGCCUAAGAAGGAGCUGCGCCGCCCAAAGAGCUCGCGUGGACCAUGGGAAAAUUUCCGUUCGACCACUACCUCCAACACGGUGGGUGGAGGCGGUCGCGUGGGCUCUCCGACGAGAAUGUCCAGGCGUCAGGCUCCUUUGAAAGAGCCGAAGGCUACAGGUUGUCAGAAGGCACCGACACCUUCUUUGAUUCCUCGCGAUGGCGGCCGAGUCGCUGCAUUGCAGGCCCGCACCAAAGAACUCUGUGCACAGCGCGAAGAAGCGGCAGAGCGCGAGCGACUGCUGAGAACGGACCUGCUGAAGGCAGAAGAGGAGAUCGCCAACUUGACGAAGGAGCUGGAGAACGUUCGAAAGGUUUUGGAGGCCGAGUUCGCCAGGCGCACGGAGGCUGAGCAUCAGCUCGAGCUCAAGAGCAUGCACUUGGAGGACUUGCCAUCCAUUGUGGCAGAAGAGUGGUUCCGUGUCACUGAGUUGAUGAGACGCAAAAGACUCCAGAGCACGGAAGGCAAAGUGGAUGUCGGCUUUGACAUCCAGAGCUUGCCGUUGAGUGUGCCAGCAAGCGUCUCGCAAAGCGUCCAUGGCAGUGAGCCAGACGACAUGCCCGGAAGCAAGCGCAGCGAAGGGAUCGCCAGCCCUUGGCUGCUGAACAGAGCUGUUCGACAUUGCCCCCUGGGCUUGAGCGAGAUCUCACUCUCCGAAGCCGAAAGCUUCUCCGUGACGGAGAGUGUGGUGGAAAGGCUACCAAAAACCGCCCCGGGCCUUUGCCCCGGGGACUAG